AUGGCCUCCGCAAAGCGCAAACUUGCGGGCGAUGAGGUGUCGACCAAACCUGCCAUCAAGCGACCGAAAUCCGACGGCAAGCCCAAGACCGCAGACACGCCCUCCGUCCAGGAUAAGAGUCAGAGGCCGAAGGCAGUCUCUAUACUCACCAAGGAGCUACCGGCUUUUCCUCGAGGAGGCGCGGGCCUGUUGACCCCGUUAGAAAGAAAGCAAAUUCAUGCAAAGGCCUCCCGGGACGUCGAAAGGGAGCAGAAGCGUGGUCAAGACCUCUUCGGUGAUGGAGGCAAAUCAUUGAGUGACACAAGUGAUGAAGAAGAAGAUCCAGAUUUGGAUACCGAGGUACAGAAGCCUACCAAACAACCCCGGAAAAAGAAAGCGCGGUCCAAAGAUGCCGCUGUUGCCAAUGGCCCGGAGGUUCGAAUCGAAGGCCUCAGCUAUAAGCGGAUAACCACAGGAUCUUUGAUUUUAGGUCAAAUCACGUCCGCGGGUCCCAGGGCUCUGACUGUCGCAUUACCGAACAAUCUCGUGGGAUAUGUUCCCUUGACCUCUAUUUCGACACAGCUGAGCCACAAGAUACAAGGGCUCUUGAGUCAGAAUGAGGAAGAGGACGCCUCUAGCGAUAGCGAGCAGGAUGAUGACCACGACAUUGCGCUCACAAACUACUUCCGGAUUGGACAGUAUUUACGAGUAGCAGUUACAUCUACCGAGCAGGAGAAAACCGGACCAAAAACAGCUUCACGAAAACGCAUUGAGUUGUCUGUUGAGCCAUCAUUGACAAAUGUGGGUAUUGAUAGAUCAAAUCUGGCGGUUGGUGCCACAGUCCAGGUCGCUGUAAGCAGCAUUGAGGACCAUGGAUUGGUAGCUGAUCUCGCUCUCGAAGACCAAACUGUUCGCGGUUUCAUCCCGAAAAGCCAGUUGCCUGGCAACCUAUCCUUCUCGGACAUCAGGACCGGUGCUGUCUUGCUCUGCAGCGUUAUUGAGCUUGGUUCCAACAGUCGAGUGGUAAAACUUUCAGCGGAUCCUUCUAAAUGGACGGUCCUGGAAAGCGCCCCGUCCAUUGACGCAUUUCUUCCAGGAACCAAGGUGGAGAUUCUAAUCAGCAACAGAGCGGACGUCGGCCUUUCAGGGAAAGUCAUGGGUCUCCUUGAUGUUACAGCGGAUGUCGUCCACUCAGGCUCCUUCAAGGACAAAGAAGCAUUCUUGGCCAAGUUUGAGCCGGGCAAGAAGAUAGUCGGUCGGUUGAUUUGUUCGUUUCCCCUCUCAGAAACGAAGAAGCUCGGUUUCUCGGUCCUGGAGAAUUUACUGGACAUGGAUCUCACCACGAAGGCGGAUGCUCAGGCAGAUGGAGAAUUGUCUUUAUCUUCCAUCGUUGACGCGGCAUCUGUUAUUCGCGUUGAGCCCGGACUUGGUCUCUACCUACAGCUAGGCCCCCACACUUUGGGGUUUGCACAUAUUUCGCGCUUGUCAGACGAGAAAGUCGACUCUCUAUCCGAAACUAGUGGUCCAUUCAAGCUGGGUUCUGACCACAAGGCUCGAGUGAUCGACUACAAUCCCGUUGAUGACCUUUACUUGGUGUCUCUACAGCAGAAAGUACUCCAGCAGCCUUUUCUGAGAUUUGAAGAUGUUCCCUUGGGCGCAGUCAUCAAGGGGACGAUUGAAAAAUUGCUGGUGGGCUCGAACGGAGUGCAAGGCCUACUAGUCAAUCUCGCAGAGGGCGUCACUGGUCUUGUGCCGCAGAUUCACAUGUCUGAUGUCGACCUGAAACAUCCUGAAAGAAAAUUCAGAGAAGGCCAGGUGGUGACGGCACGAGUGAUCACAACGGAUCCUGUGAAACGACGUAUCAGACUAACAUUGAAGAAGACUCUGGUCAAUACCGAUCAGAAACCGUGGUUGAGAUAUGAGGACAUCGAGACCGGUGACUCGACAGUUGGCACAUUGACCAAAGUCGACCCACUCGGGGCAGUUGUACGAUUCUACGGACCAGUCCGGGGUUUCCUGCCUGUUUCUGAGAUGAGUGAAGCUUACAUAAAGGACGCAACCCAGCAUUUUCGUGUGGGUCAGGUCGUGACAGUCAACGCCAUCAGCAUCAACGCGGCCGAGAGGCGCCUGACUAUUUCAUGCCGUGAUAUCAACAAGUCCAACCCAUCGAUCGAGUCUUCGCUGUCGACGCUGCAACCUGGAACUGUUGUCAAGGGCACCGUUUUCGAGAAAUCUCAAGAUGACACCUUGCUCCGACUGGGAGAAUCCGACGCCAUUGCCCGAUUGACUUUGGAUCAUGUAUCUGAUGGAUCCUUGAAGAAGAGAGAAUCCACAUUCCAAAAGAUACGAGUCGGUCAAAAACUCGAGAAUUUGCUCAUCUUACAAGUGCUGCCAAAGAGGAGACUGGUUUUGGUGUCAAACAAACAAAGUCUGAUCAGAGCGGCCCAGGAGGGCACUCUUCUCAAGAGUUACGAACAGCUGCAAAAGAACGCCCUAGUUACUGGAUUCGUGUCCAACAUCACCAAGGACGGCGUGUUUGUGAGCUUUGCCGGUGGGAUCAGUGCACUUAUCACGAAAGCACAUGUGCCUGUUGAGAACGCAGAAGAAAAUGAUUUUGGAAUGACAAAGUUACAACCUGUCACAGCAAGAGUCCUAUCCAUCGACUACAAGGGUGCCACCCCCCGAUUCUGGCUGACAAUGAGGGAAACGUCUGUCGGCAAUGACUCGAAACCGACCGCACCUCACAGUGUUCAAGAGGUACCAACACUUGUGAACCCUGUUGAUGCAAAGAUCCAGACCAUCAAAGAUCUUUCUGUGGGCCGAGUCACAAAAGCACGAAUCGUCUCAGUCAAGGAUACUCAGAUCAACGUGGAGUUGGCCAAAGAUGUACAGGGUCGUAUUGACGCAUCUGAGAUUUUUGAUGAUUGGAAAGACAUUAAAGAUCGCAAGAAACCCCUCAAGCAAUUCAGUCCCAAACAAGAACUUACGGUCCGAAUACUUGGGGCCCACGACACCCGAAAUCACCGGUUCCUUCCCCUUACGCAUCGGAAUGGCAAAAACACAGUCUUUGAACUUUCGUGCAAGCCGAAGUCAGUAGGAACUUCUGCACCACCCGCCCUCACAUUAGGAGAACUGUCGGUCGGGUCUUCAUGGCUUGCCUUCGUCAACAAUAUCUCAGAAAACUACUUAUGGGUGAAUAUAUCACCUUCCGUACGAGGCAGGAUCCGGGCAACAGAUGUGUCCGAUGACUUAUCAUUGGCUGCUAAUUUGGAAAAGAACUUUCCGAUUGGAUCUGCCCUUAGAGUCCAUGUCCUUGCCGUUGACCCUGAGAAGAAUCGCUUGGAUCUGACAGCCAGGUCAGAUGGCCUAGCCAGCUCUCUCACGAUCAAGGAUAUCUCCAAGGGACUCGUGCUCCCGGGUCGUGUCACCAAAGUGAGCGACCACAAUAUUCUAGUUCAACUGAGCGACCAGACAGUAGGCGCUGUCGACCUGAUUGACAUGGCUGACGACUACACCGACGCAAACCCAGCCAAAUUUCAGAAGAAUGACGUCCUCCGAGUAUGUGUUCUCAGUGUGAAUGUCCCAAACAAAAAGAUCCAGUUGUCAACUCGGCCUUCUAAGGUACUCAGCUCUUCGAUGAAAGUUACCGAUCCAGAAAUCACUUCUCUCAGUCAGCUUACCGUCAAUGAAGUGGUGCGAGGAUUUAUUAGCAAUGUGACGGACAAAGGUGUUUUCGUGACACUUGGACACGGCAUUACGGCUUUCGUAAGAGUGGCACAUCUCUCCGACAGCUAUUUGAAGGAUUGGAAAGACCAGUUUCAGCGGGACCAGCUCGUGGAAGGGAAAAUCAUUUUGGUCGAUGAGGCAUCCGGCCACAUCCAGAUGAGCCUGAAGGAAUCGGCUCUCAACCCCGACUAUAAGGCACCGCUUACAUUCAACGAUCUCCAUGUGGGAGACGUCGUGACUGGAAAAGUUGUCAAGGUUGAGACCUUCGGCGUUUUCAUUUUGGUUGAUAACUCUGAGAAUGUACGCGGGCUAUGUCACCGCAGUGAAAUAGCUGAGCAACGUGUCCAAGAUGCCACCAAACUGUUCCAAGAGGGCGACCUUGUGAAGGCCAAGGUCCUCAAACUUGACCCCGCCAACAGAAAGGUCAAUUUCGGCAUGAAAGCAACUUACUUCGCCAACGUGGACGAAAAUGAUUCAGGGAGCGAGGCGGGAUCGGAUGAUGACAGCGAUGAGGAUGGUGGCGCACAGUUCGAUGAAAAAAGGCAAGAUGCAGCUGACAGCGACGAUGAGGCGGGAACAGAGCAUACUAACGACGACGACUCUGAUCUUGCCGACGAGCUUGGUGACGAGAAUGGCGACUCGGACGACAGUGAACACGAUGCGGUCAAGGGUUCGGCCCCAGCUUCGGAAAGCAAAGGUCUCAAUGUAGGAGGCUUCGACUGGUAUGGAAUUUCAGACAAUCAAAGCGCGAGAGCCCCCAAACGAGCGGCCGAAGAACUGGGUUCAGAAGAGGAUGACGUAUCGAGCACAAUUCCUAAAAAGAAGAAAAAGAAGAGAGCCGAUUUCCAAGUCGAUCGGACAGGAGAUCUGGAUGUGGAUGGACCACAGUCCAUAGAUGAUUUCGAGAGGCUGCUGAUGAGCGAGCCGGACUCAUCGCUCUUGUGGCUUCAGUACAUGGCCUUUCACCUGGAAUUGGGCGACGCCGACCAAGCACGCCAGAUUGGGGAACGAGCCUUGAAGUCGAUCGGUCUCGGGCUAGAGGCAGAGAAACUGAACGUGUGGGUUGCACUUUUGAACUUGGAAAACGCCUACGGAGACCAAGAGGCGAUUGAGACAACAUUCAAACGGGCCUGCGAAUACAACGACCCUUGGGAAAUCUACUCAAGGCUGACGAGCAUCUACAUUCAAUCGGGCAAGCACGACAGGGCGGACGACCUGUUCCAGCAAAUGCUCAAAAAGUUUGCGCAGGACCCGAAGGUGUGGAUCAACUAUGCCACCUUUCUAUUCGACAGCAGGGGGGAGGCCGACAACGCCCGAGCACUGCUGCCACGUGCUCUUCAGACGCUACCCAAGUUCACCCACCUCGACGUGACCCUGAAAUUUGCCCAGCUGGAAUUCAAGUCGCCCAAUGGAUUGGCAGAGAGGGGGCGGACCAUCUUUGAGGGAUUGAUCAGCUCAUUUCCGAAGCGGGUGGACGUGUUCAAUGUUCUGCUCGACCUCGAACUCAAGCAGGGCGACCAGGAGCAGAUUCGGGCAUUGUUUGAGCGGAUCUUCGGCGGCAAGCUGAAGCCGAAGCAGGCAAAGUACUUUUUCAAGCGUUGGCUGGCCUUUGAAGAGUCGGAAGGAGAUGAGCGACGGGUUGAGGCGGUCAAGGCACGGGCAGCAGAAUGGAUCCGCGGAGCUGGCAAACCGGUGGAUAGUGAUUAA